UCAUCUGGCCACAUUGUUUCCAUCAUCUGGCCACACUGGCUCUUGCAAGUAGCGACAAUUUUUGCAUACAAUAAUUAAAUAAUAAAGGGCGAACGCCGACGCUGCGAAACGUUGUUUUUUAUUGCUGCAAUUGCUAAAGAAUAGAGCUAGUGCCACCCGAGAAACGCAGGCAGAGCGGUCGCGAAAUUGCAAGCAAGAGCCAAGGGAAAAAGCAGCGACGGCCCAAAAGUGAAAGCCCCAGAAAAAGUACAAAAGAGAGACGAAGAAAGAGCGAGAGAGAGGAGACGAGACGAGAAAAGAGUCUGGGCGAGAGAAAAAAACGAUUAUUUCAGAGAACACCGCGAAUUUUUGUCAUAUUUUCCCAUUUCCGUGUGCAGUGGAACGGGCAGCGCGUGAGCUAAGACCUGCAGAGAACACAGUAACCAGGAACGCGGAGGAAGCCAGCCAGAACUAACCAGCGCGCUGCCACAGAAUCGCUUCAAGAUUCUCAGCCACAUUUACAGCGGGAUCCAGAUCCAGAGCCUGAGCCACGGGAGCCACCGGGAGCAGCACAGACCAGCAACCAGCGCCACCAGCACUCCACUAGCCGCCACCACGCUCCACAAACAGCCAGCCAUCAUGUUCGUCAACUCGAUGACGUUCCGCGGCAACCCGGCGAAUUAUCACCAGCAGCAGCCGGCCCUGAACCACCACACGCUGGCCGCGGCGCAUCAUCAGCAGCAGCUGCACCACCAUGCCGCCGCCGGUCAUCUGGGCCACGUCGGCGGCGGUCAUGCGGCCAGCAAUCACCUGGCUGCCGCCGCCGUUCUCGGCCGGCAUGGCCACAACUCUCUGGGCAGCGGGCAUACGUCCAGCUCUUCGCACUCGACCGGCGUGGGUGUGGGAGUCGGCGGCGGGGCCCUGGCCAGCGGCACUAGUGGCGGCGGCGGCAGCGGCAAUAGCUCGCCGGACAGCGGCAAGAUCUAUAUCAAGAACCUGGAGCGGUCCAUCGACAACAAGGCGGUGUACGACACGUUCUCCGUGUUCGGAAACAUCCUGAACUGCAACGUGGCCAAGGACGAGGACGGUAACUCGCGCGGCUACGGCUUUGUGCACUUUGACUCGGAGGAGGCUGCCCGGGCGGCCAUCGAGAAGGUGAAUGGGAUGCUGUGCAAUAACCAGAAGGUGCAUGUGGUCAAGUUUAUACCACGGCGGGACCGGGAGCAGGAGAAGGCCACCCACUUCAAGAACCUGUACGUGAAGAACCUCAGCGAGGAGUUCACCGAGCAGCACUUGCGCGAGAUGUUUGAGCCGUACGGCCGCAUCACCAGUCACAAGCUCAUGCUGGACGAGGAAGGGCGCUCGCGGCGCUUCGGUUUCGUGGCUUUCGAGAAUCCACAGUCGGCGCUGGCCGCCGUGAUCGGCCUGCACGGUAAGCAGCUGGGCGACAACAAGUUCUUGUACGUGGCCCGAGCCUUGAGCAAGGCCGAGCGGCAGCAGGAGAUCAAUCGCAAGCUGGAGGAGCGCAAGCGUCAGAAGGCCGGUCAGAUAUUCUACUACUAGGCCGGAGGACCAGGAGGAGUUUACUCAGAACCCACAUAAAUACAAUAUACACACAUAUAUAAACCCUAUAUAGCUAUUUACGAGAAAUUGUAUCGGCAGCGAUCAUUCAGGCAGCUGGCAGGCAGAGGUAGGACGCAGGACACUAGUCCUGCCAUUACACAUUUAGACGUAGGCAAAAACGUGUUGCAACACAGUUGAAAUUUAUAGAAACACACACGCGCAUAAGAACAGAAACAGAAACAGGACUCGUACUCGAAAUCGAUAUCGAAUUGAAAGGAUUUUCUAGGCAUUAGGACAACAGUUUCUUAGCACUCACUAGCGUUUUUUUGGAAUUAGAUGUUUGUCUUUACUGUUGAAUUUAGUGAGCAGAGGCUUCGGUGUCAGCUUCUCGCCUAAAAGGAACACAUUGCGUACGUAUUUCGAACAUGUAUUUACCCCCCACACACCCCAAAACACUCACUGGAUCUUUGGCAUUGUCGAGCUACGCCCAGAUGACAUGAAUUUACACAUACCUUAUAUAUUAUUAUUAAAAGCAAAACAAAAAACUAAACAAACAAAAAAAAAAAAAAAAACUAAAAAGAAAAAUGGAAAAAAUACAAUUGAUGUAAUCCCUCUAUUAACAAUUGAAGCACUCACUCUACGUAUAUACAUAAACAUAUAUAUAUAUAUUAUAUUUAAUGUACACGCUGUAGUUAAAAAGCGUUUAUAAUAAUACUCACACACCCUACGCUAUAACUAAUACUUUUGACGACGAAAGGAAUCAAGUGCAACCAUUGCGAAAGCGAAACCCUACACGUAAUUUAUAUAGUAGACGCAGCUGCGGAUGGAAGGAUCAAGAGAGAGAUCGAUGCUGAACAGGAAAAAUAAUUAGCAGCAGGACAGAGAACAUGAGUAUUAAAAUUUUAGCAAUUACAAGACACUUUUUGUAAUUAAUUGUACAUUGUUUCAAGGUAGCAAGAACGAACAUGAAACCACAAAACAGGACAGCAAAGACAGCCGUAAAUGUAACGACAAAAAAACAAAACAAAAACUAAUUGAAUAUAACACAAUGCAAUGUUUAAAAUCUUUUAGAAUAUUAUUACAAAGGCACGAUAUAAAAAAGGAAACUCUGAGACAGGCAGGCAGGCAGGCGUGUAUACAAUUUAACCCGAAAUGAAAGCAAAUACAUACAUAAUUUAAGAUUAUUGAGCUUAAUUUUUAAAAUGUUUCCAAGAACAAAAAAGCAACAAAAAUGAAAACCCAAGAAAAACAAAAUAUAUUGAGAAGCAAAAAACCCAAAAGAAACUCACUCAAAAUUUGUAAGACUCAAAUUUUGCGUCUACACACAAUGUAUAGUUAAAACAGUACCACAAGAGAACAAAAAAUGAAAAUUACCUAACAGAAUAGUUAUAUAAACAAUGGCAAUAUUUAGGAUGGCAUAAUUAAUUAAUUAAUGUAACCUCCUUCCUCCUACCCCCCCUCAUUUGACCAUAUUUAUUUCCAUUUACAUUUCAUUUCGAGUGGAGCUUACGAUUCUAGUUUACCAGGACAAAUGUAGUAGUAUUAGGCCUUCCACACACACAACACACACAGACACAGACACACAUAUGCAAUAUGAAUUUACAAGACAAACAAGAAAAUUAUCUAAUUGAAUAAUAUUUACACGAAAUGUACAAAACAAAACAAAAAACAAAUGAGAUGAAAGAGAAAAAGAAAUUUAUUUUCCUUUGCCAAGCAAAUGCGACAUACUUUUUAUUAUUAUUACAAAUUAUAAUUGUAAUUGAAACUUAAUUUUUGGUAAUUGCUUUUGCAGAAUUUACCUAAAAUAAACAACAAACAAAACAAAACAAAACAAAAAACAAGAAGAAACCCAAAAAAGAGAACCCUUUUAUAGUGCUAAAUUUUUAGAGAGUACAAGAAAUGUUAAUUGAAAAACUUACAAAAAAUUAAUUGAUAAACUUACACACAACCACUAAAAAGCCCAUUUCGAACACGCAACACAUUAAAAAAUUACUCAAUUUUGCACAUUUGCUAAAUAUGAGACAUUUAACGAUUCUACUCACAAAAAUCUCACCUUUAUUUCAUUAUUAUUAUUAUUAUUAUUAUUAUGGCUUGGACUGCGCAAGUUCCACAUAUUAUUGACUAGCGAAACCCACACAAGAAGCACAGAAGAUAAUACUGACACACGGAUGAUGGCGUAUAAUAUAUGCAUUAUAUAUGUAAUUCCAUUGAAACGAAACUCCUAAUUAUAAAACAUAUUACAAAUACCUACUUAUUAACAAACCUAAAACAAAAAAGAAAACAAAAUGAAAAACGAAAAACACAAAAACAAAAACCAAGCGAAAAUGAACAAGAAAAAUGGAAAAACAUUUAAUGAUGAAAAUCAAGAUGCAGUGAGCAGAGAUAUGUGAAACUUGAAUAAAAAUGCUUUUGCAAAAAGUGUUUGAAA